AUGGCCGACAAAUGGAACAUUAUUCUUAAACGCGGCAAACCCUACACAAAAUACUCCAAAGUGUGCAGUCUCCACUUCACGCAAGCCGACUACAACGUCACUGCAAUGGGUAAGAAUAAAGGCCAAUGGAAAACCUUGAGUAAAGAUGCAGUACCUUCUCAGAAUCUUCCCAAGUUGAACCCAGAUGGGACUGUAAUGGUUAUCCGCAAGAGCCGCACUGUUAAGUACAAGGAGGCCAGGAAAGAUGACAGUAUAAGCGAAAAAACAGAAAAAUGGUGCUUGAACACUCAGACCACAAUGCCUAUAAACAGCACGCCAGAGAGAAUACUUCACACAAAUGAAAGUUCAGAUAGCAGUCUGGUAUACCGUCUUCAAGCGUUAAACGCGAUCGCAAACAACAUCUCCUUACAGCAGAAUAAUGAGAGCCAGAGUCAAAACAACCAUGUGCCAUCUUUGAGACCGAAGAAGCAGGACGCGUUCAUGCAAACCGAUCCAAUCCAGUCCGAAGAGGAGGAAACCAAACCCAACAACAGUUACAGCGAGUCUUCAGAAAAAUCAUUCAGUUCGGAUCAGCUCGAAACAUACAGUGUUCCCAUAACAUUUCAGAAGGAAGCCGAGGGCUACGAACAGCUUAAGAAGUACGAGUUGCCAAAGGACUACACAAAAACCAAUGACGAUUACAUUCCGCAGACAAAUGAGGAGUACAACAAAGAAGCGGAGAAGUACGCGCUUGAGCGAAAAUCAUUAAACGGUUACGAAAAACCGGCUGUAGAUGUCAUAUACCAGAAACCGAUAAUAGAGAAUGGUUAUCAGAAAAUGCCAGAGAUGUAUGCAUAUAGUGACAAGCAGCAGGAAUAUGAGAACCGUAACGAAAACUACAUUGAAUACACGAAUGGAUAUCCGGACAGUGCAGAGAUACUUAAAAAUCAACAACACAAUCUGCAGUUAUUACAGGAACCACACAGGAUCACAGAAAAUCAGAACUUCUUUAACGAAAGCCAUAUAAAGCAAGAGAUAGAUUUUGGAACAGAGGAUGAUAAGUUUUUAUAUGAACGCACCAAGGAUCAGUUAGAUCCAAAUUCAUUAUACAAUGAGGGUCAGAGGCGUCUGGAGCAGCAAAGGCUUCUGGAGCACAUACAACAUCAGGUCAAAGAGGAGCCAGAUGUAAAUAGUGGAUGUGAUACUGUAAUGCAGCCACAAGGAAGUCCGUACUAUCAAACGGAUGGACAAAAUGUUACAACAGGAGUUUCUGGAUACUACGAACAGAUUUCAAGACCGGGACCAGAGCUGCUCAUAGCAAAACAGAAUGCGCUGGCAGCUCACACACAGCUAUGGCAAAACACCAUGAAGAGACCGUUUUUUUAUAGUGAAAGCUCUCCUUACACUGGUCCUCAAGUACUGCAUAGAUAUGAGGUAGUGCAUCAAUGA